UCCGCACAAUCAUAUUGCCUGCCAAGUAUGUAAAGGCACGCAGCUCGAAGCUGCAACCUCCGGCACGCAGCCGCGCUGCCAGUGUCGCGUUGCGGGGCAACUGCCUUAUGUACAGGGGCACUACUUGCUGGGGUUGUAAGAGCCGCUUGUAAGGCGACGCCACCGGAUGGGCGGCCAACAACGCUUAACUAGGGACUCGCGACGGACGCCUGUGGAUGCCGUAUGCCCGUGUCGCGCCUUGCUUCCUGCAGCCCAUCGUGCACUGUGGCUUCAUCCUGGUGGUGGGCAUGUUGACCACGAAGCCGCGCCCGACCCUGGGCCAGCUGCUGUGGCUCGGGUGAAUCCGAACUAUGGCGCUGCCGCUCGCCAGACUUAUGAAUGCGACAUUACAAGAAGGGACAGUCCGACCAAGCAAGGGUGCCCAGCACCCAGGUCAGGACGGAACCAGCUCCGGCCCGAAGGGAAACCGCCCUCCCCCGGGCUGGCUGCCGGCCUUCACCAAACCGUGCAUUUGUCUGCGCACAAAGCGUGUCUCAGCUGCUACACCGUCACAAGUCGAAGCAAAGCCGAAGCCCGCCAGAGCCCCACAACCGUGCAGCAAACCAUGUCGGCGCACGAAGCGCGGUCUACAGCACCAGACGCAAAACCAGGUACACCGGGCAACGCCCAAUCAAACGCUAGCCCUGCAGUACAAAACUCAGACUUAUGGGGCUGUGCAGCGCUGAGGCACUAGGACACGAGGUGGGAUGAGACGUGCACAUAGGCAGGCGCACAGGCGCACCAGCAGUGGCCAGGGAGUGAACCGGCUGGAGCUUAAACGUGCAUACGUGAUGGUGCUGAAGCCCGCAUCUGCCUCCUCCUUAGCAUGCAUCGCGGCUGCUGCAAUUCUGCUGGCGGCCGGCCUGCUGACAGCCCCAGCUCGGGCGCAGCCUGCCGCGGCUGCAGGCGCACCAGCCGCCAACAGCAACGGUGGCACCACCGGAUCGCUGGUGCCGCCGCCGCUGCCGCCCGGCUCUAGCCCCAGCUCCAAGUGCGAGCAGGCCCGACUACGGCUGCCCAAUGAGCCGUCUGUGGCCGCUUUCAAGGCGUGUGCCGGCGUUAAGCCCAUCACCGCCGAGUGCUGCCUCAAACUGCUUCCCUACGCACAGUACGUGGACUGCCUGGCUGAGCCCGCCUACCGCGCUGUGGCCCAGGCUUACCUGGAUGGAGUGGCCACUGUGGAGGAGGUGCAGGGUGUGUGCCUGAGCUAGGCGGCGUGCCUGAGCCAGGCGGUGUGCUUGAUCUAGGCACCGGCCGCGCGGAUGGGCCUGCCAAAGGAUGUUGUUAGCGCGGGUGCAGGAGGCAGUAGCGUAGCAUGGCCAGGCAACAGCACAGCCGAGCCAGGCAACGACAUUGCGCGUGUGCUUGCUGUGCAUUCGCGGGUUAUGGCACGCGACGCGGAGAGCCGGGCAGCGGCAUGUGUACAUGAAACACAAAUGGGGGUUCACUGCUCCAGCAAGCAAGACUGUAUACCGUACAUUCAGUGGGACUGCAGGGCUGUGGAGUCACUGCAUGACUGUGUUGGCAAGUGUGUGGCCGGGGGAAGGGCGCGCGGAAACGCAAGGAGAAUCUCUGGAGGUCCAUAACGGUCCCCGUGUGCUCGUGUUGUGGGUGGGCACGGUUUUCACGGUUUGACGUGUUUGCAUCAGGUCCUUUCUCUGGGGACGCGCAUUCUGGCGAUUCGCAAACCAAAGAGCAAGACACGGAUGCGUUGGCACUGCGCGCAACAACUUGCAAGGUUCCGGACCUGGGCUACCCAAGGUUGUGUGACUCAGUGUGCGUGUCCCAUUCGCGCUCUAUCUGU